CUCUCUCUCUCUGUUUACUUCGCAGUUGUUUUUGAUUUGGUGCUCAAAGUUUCUUUCUUCAUCGUCUUUAUCUGUUUCUGUUGUUGUUUUCUUCUUCGAUGCUUAAUACUUGCAUUGACCUUAUUUCAUCUUCAUCAUUUUUGUUUUAACAAAAUUCUGUUUUUUUUCCAAAGAAUUUCCUAUUCUAUUCUUGUUUGUUUUCUUCUGUGAUCUUCUGAAAUAAAUUUGAUCCAAAAAAUAAAUAAUGCCUGAAAUAAGGCCUGAAUUCACACGUUUCUAUCAUGAUUUGGCAACACGUUUUCAUUCUGGUAUAAAUAAUAUUCGUUCAUUUGGACAACAGAUUACGACAAGAUUUCAUAAUAAUGAUAGUGGUGGCAGUGCAAUUGAUGAUAAUUCGAUUGAAAAUAAUGAUAACAACAACAACAACAAUAAUGAUGGUUCAUCAACAAAUCAACCACCAAGUAAUAGUAUGAAUCCAUUCCUUGAUUCAUCCACAAAUAAUAAUGAUCCAUUGAAUCCAUCGAAUGUUACAUCAUGUUCAACGAAUCGUUCAUCGAAUACAAAUCGCUCAAAUCGACGAUCAUCAUCACGUCAUCAUCAUCAUCAUCAUCAUCGUCAUCAUUCACAAACAUCAUCAUGUCGUGACCGAGAAUAUCAUCGACAAGCAUAUCAUCCAUAUUUGUUUAGUAGUAAUAAUCAUCAUCAUCAUUUAAAUUCAUCACCAAAUAAUGUUAGCAUAAUUCAUCGAAAUGGUCUAAUUACAUUACGUUCACUUGAUGAUUAUCAUUAUAAAGAUCGUAAUGUAUUGGCUGCUAUAUUAUCGAUAAUUGUUAUUGCAAUAUUGGCCACGGCAUUAGUACAACCAAAAUGGUUCUCUAUCUAUAAUGAUCUUUGUGUACCGACAACAACACCGCAACAACAGCAACAACAACAACGUUAUUUUACUAAAUCAGAUAAUUCUGUUGAUAAAGUAAACACGAUUAAUAAUAAUCCAUUAGCCUCAUCGUCGACAAUAUUUAAUUUACAACUAUCACCAAAACAUCAUUAUACACAGUAUAGGCCACAAUAUUAUCAUCAUAAUAAUGGUCCAUUUCAUUCAUCGUAUUCAACAUCCUAUCAAUUGACACCCGUUACUAUUUAUGGUUUAACACCAGAUUUUAAAACAUGUGCUAAUGCACAGAUUCUAGCAUUGAAACGUACAAUUAUUGGCCUAUGUUUUUUAGCUAUAAUGUGUACAUUGGUACAAUUUUUUAUGGAUACAAUGGGAACCUCCAGCCACCAUAAUCGUGGUGCUGGUGCUGGAAAAUGGUGGCUAAAUUCAAUGCGUCAAUAUGCUGUUGGAAAUAUUCUAUGCGUCAUAUUUUGCGUCUUAAUAAUUGGCCUUUGUUAUUUUAUAAGCCUCCUAUAUGAACGUGUACAGCUGCAACAAUUAUUUGAAACGAAAACACCAAUAUCUCCACAACAACAACAACCAAAUGCUGUUUGGAUCAAAAGUCGUAUGAUUAGCCGUGCAACAUUAUUUGCGACUACAACAACAACGGCCAAUGGUGGUGGUGGUGGUGGUGGCGGUGGCAGUAUUGUUCAACCAUUAGAUUACCUUACUAUCCAUCAGAUUGAAGUAAAAUUUGAACUAUCCUAUUAUCUAAUUACAUUGGCUGGUUUUCUAUCGAUUCUUGCUUCUGCUGCUAAUCUAUUUCGUCGUCCAAGACAAAUAUUUAUUGAACGUAUUGGUGGUUUCAAUGAUGGAUGUAGCUAUAAUGGCCGUUAUCAUCACCAUCAUCAUAAUCGUUCAUUAAUGGCACGACGUUUACGAUCAACAUCAAAUGGCAAUCAUUAUCACAAUAAUGGUGAUGAAAAUUCAUUACUAAAUUCUGAUGUAUUAUUGAAUAAUUCAUUAGAAUCAUCAUCAUCAAACACAACACCAACAUCAUCAUCAUCACCAUAUGAUUUAUUUACAAAUUGGACACUUUAUUGUACAAAUUCCAAUAAUAAUAAUAAUCAUUCAACAUCAACAAAUGGUCAUCAUUCAUCAUCGAUUAUAAUGCCACCGUCAACACUGCCACCACCGCCAUCAUCUAUUAUACCUCAUUCAUCAGCAUCGUGUCCACCACCACCACCAUAUUCGCCUUGAUAUUUUUUUUUUGUUUUUUUUGUUGCAUAUUUUUAUUAGGAAUAAUUUGAAAAUUUUAAUCCAUCACAUAUAUACACACUACCCACACACACACACACACACAAUUUACUAGACCUUGAGUUCUAGUCUCUUUAUAAAUGUCCCACUAUUUUUCGGUUUUGCUUUCUUUAACUUUUUUUUUCUUAUUCACCAAAAAAAAACAAAUGUCAUUCUUGUACGUUUUUGUUGUUGUUGAUACAAAUGAUGUACAAAGAGUUGAAAAUAAUUGGCAUCUCUCUCUCUCUCUCUCUCUCUCUUGUCUUGUUUCAAAUUGAUUUACACACACCCAGACACUAAUUU